CUUAUUUCACCUCAAAGGCCUUGGAGUUUGUCCCUUCUCACCACCAGUUAAGUGUUGCAUCUCCUGUGAAAUGGACACAGCAAGUAUCUACCUCGGUUUAAAGCCACCCAGGACACUGGGGGCUUGGCAUGAGUCACCCCCAUCUCUUCCCCCAGAUGCCUGUCGGUGCCCACGUUCACACAGGUUGGCUCUGAAGCUCAGCUGUGCUGGGCUCAUCCUCCUUGUCCUGACCCUGAUUGGGAUGAGUGUCUUAGUGCGAGUCUUAGUACAAAAACCAUCAAGAGAAAAAUGCUGUGUGUUUAUUCAAGAGAACCUGAAUAAAACAACAGAUUGUUCAGUUAAUUUAGAGUGCCCACAAGACUGGCUUUUACACCGAGAUAAGUGCUUUCACGUUUCUCAAGUUUCCAACACUUGGGAGGAAGGUCAAGCUGACUGUGGUAGAAAAGGAGCCACUUUGCUGCUCAUUCAAGACCAAGAAGAACUGAGAUUCCUACUGGACUCAAUAAAGGAAAAAUAUAAUUCAUUUUGGAUUGGACUAAGGUUCACAUUGCCAGACAUGAACUGGAAGUGGAUAAAUGGCACAACUUUCAAUUCUGAUGUACUAAAAAUCACUGGUGUCACUGAAAAUGGCAGCUGUGCCUCCAUCUUAGGAGAUAAAGUGACUCCUGAGAGCUGUGCUUCAGACAACCGUUGGAUCUGCCAAAAGGAACUAAACCAUGAAACCCCGAGUAAUGACUCCUGACUGCGAAUCCCAUCCUGAUUAUUUUACCAUCCGCACCAGAUCUCUGCACCUAACCUGUCUCUGCUGUCUGCCUCCCAGUGCAGUUAGUGGCACAGCACAUGGACUCUGAAAGCACUGGGCCUCUUACAGAUUCUUGAUUGUGUAAAGUGUGUAAAUGUCAGUGUACACAGACACAGUUGUGCCAUUCUAAGAGAAGAGUUCUAUGCAAAGAAGCCCUGGUAGCUGAGGGCACUGGAUUCUAAUCCUUGUGUCUGUGUGACAUUUGCUGGUCUCUGUGCCUGAGCUCCUCUGCCAACAGCCAUGGAAGACUGGAUCUAAUUUCUUAGAAAGAUAGGUCACAGGCUGCUUUCAUGGCUCCCAAAGUUUGAGUCAGGACCCCUUUGGCUAUUCCUUUCCAUUCGUUGACUCAUCGACCUACAAGUGAAAUGGUUUUGUGAUGUCUGGUAGCCCCAAAGUGGGAGCUGACAGUAGGGCCUGCUUUAUUUUAUCAAAGGCCUUUUGAUGAUCUUGAGUCUAAGCAAAGUCUUUGCCCUCUCUGGUGGCCUUAUAUAAAGGUUUGACUAUUUCAGUGAAACCUGGAGUCCAUAAUCUGCAAAAGCCUGUGGACCCCAAGAAUUCUCUUACCUGUCUUGUGCUUAUGAAGCUGGUAUGCUGAAGACAGUCUCUUUUCUUGCUGUGGAACGCUACUGCUGCCCCUCAGUCUUGUAGAGCUGUGCCUUUUUGGCAGACACUCAAUAUCCCAGGUCUCCCAGAACAUGUAGGAGAUUCUGGAUACCCUUGCAUUCUUCUUUGGUUUCUGCUGCAACUAAAAGAUCAUCUACAUACUGAACAAGAGUUAUAUCUGGAUUAUUAACUGUGUACUCACCCAGGUCUUCAUGCAAAGCUUCAUCAAAAAUAGUAGGUGAAUUCUUGUAAUCUUGAGGCAGGCAGGUCCAGGUGAGUUGUCCAUUAAUGCCACUUUCAGAAUCAUGCCACUCAAAUGCAAAGUAUUUCUGGCUUUUGGAAGCCAAAGGUAAGCUGAAGAAAGCAUUCUUUAGAUCCAAAACAGAAUACCAUUUCCGAUCUGAAGGUAGAGAGCUCAACAGGGUAUAAGGGUUAGGCACUUUUGGGUGUAUGUACAUCACCCCGCAGUUAACUUCCAGUAGAUCCUAGACAGGGUGGUUGUCAUUGGACUUUGGCUUUUUCACAGACAAUAAUGGGGUGUUUCAGACUGACUGACAUGCCCUAAGGACUCCCAAGGCCAACAGUUUCUUGAUAUGGGGAGUGAUCCCCUUCCAUGUUUCCUGGGGCAUGACCCAUACUGGGUCUGCUCUUGGCUUGAGCUCUACAAAUACAGGAGGUUGAUGUUUUACCAGCCUCAUAUCUCCAGUCUCUGCCCAUGCCUGGGGAAACUCUGCCAGCCAGGCAUCCAGGUCUUGUUCGGGGCUGGCUGGUGACUCGUAUAGUCUCUACUCAGUCUCAGAGGCCAGGUCAAGUGUCAGCACCUGGAUUGGAUUGCUGUUUCCGUCUGUCAGCUGGACUUUCCCAGGGUCAAAAUGAAUCUGAGCUCCCAUUUUGGCUAGUAAAUCUCUCCCCAACAAGGGGUAUGGGCAUUCAAGGAGGUAGGAAUAUGACUUUUUCCGGUGUACUGUCCUGUAGGAUAGGAUAGAGAAGCUUUAAAGGCUUGGAGUCUUCCCAUUUUUGUUCUUUUGACAUCAGAGCAGGCAUGGUUUCUGGGGGGCAAAGUAGCGUUAAUCAGGGAUAAUAAAAAGGAUUUCACCCAAGGUGGUGGGUUGACAAUAAAAUCUUUCCAGACUACAA